AUAGGGAAAGCAGAACAUUAUCUAUAUGUAUACAUUUAACACUACAACAUAAUUAAACGAGUUAUGAUUUAAUGGUACACAUGUAUUUGUAAAAACGGUCAGGCGUUUGCUUGGUCACACUCUCAUUCCUUUUCUUUCAAGAUGGCGGGCGACGAGUCUGGUACAACGUUGGGUCAGCCUCAUCUUUCUAAACAAGACCUCAGUACAUUAGAUGUAACCAAACUGACUCCUCUGUCCCAAGAGAUCAUCAGCAGACAAGCCACAAUAAACAUAGGAACUAUUGGUCAUGUAGCCCAUGGAAAAUCAACAGUGGUGAAAGCGAUCUCUGGAGUUCACACUGUCAGAUUCAAAAAUGAGCUGGAGAGAAACAUUACAAUCAAGUUGGGUUAUGCUAAUGCAAAGGUGUAUAAAUUGGAUGAUCCAAGUUGUCCACGGCCAGAGUGUUACAGGUCAUGUGGCAGCAGCACACCUGAUGAGUUCCCCACAGACAUUCCUGGCACCAAAGGCAACUUCAAAUUAGUUCGACAUGUCUCAUUUGUGGAUUGCCCGGGUCACGACAUCUUGAUGGCCACCAUGUUAAACGGUGCUGCCGUAAUGGAUGCUGCGCUACUCCUAAUCGCUGGCAAUGAAUCAUGCCCUCAGCCACAGACGUCAGAGCAUUUGGCAGCCAUUGAGAUCAUGAAGCUCAAGCACAUACUGAUUCUGCAGAAUAAAAUCGACUUGGUGAAAGAGAGUCAGGCCAAAGAGCAGUAUGAACAGAUCCUGGCUUUUGUGCAGGGAACAGUAGCGGAGGGAGCCCCAAUCAUCCCAAUCUCAGCCCAGCUCAAGUACAACAUUGAGGUUGUCUGCGAGUACAUUGUAAAUAAGAUCCCUGUGCCUGUCCGUGACUUUACCUCUGAGCCUCGCCUUAUUGUAAUCAGGUCAUUUGAUGUCAAUAAGCCUGGCUGUGAAGUAGAUGAUCUGAAAGGUGGUGUAGCUGGAGGAAGUAUCCUCAAAGGAGUCCUGAAGGUUGGACAGGAGAUUGAGGUCAGACCAGGUAUUGUUUCUAAGGACCAUGAAGGGAAACUAAUGUGCAAACCUAUCUUCUCCAAAAUUGUCUCAUUGUUUGCCGAACACAAUGAUCUCCAGUAUGCUGCUCCUGGUGGCCUUAUUGGUGUUGGCACCAAGAUCGACCCUACACUGUGCAGAGCAGAUCGUAUGGUGGGCCAGGUCCUCGGUGCUGUGGGGGCUCUUCCUGAGAUCUUCACAGAGCUUGAGAUCUCCUACUUCCUUUUAAGAAGGCUGCUUGGUGUGCGCACUGAGGGUGACAAGAAAGCAGCCAAGGUUCAGAAGCUGUCGAAGAACGAGGUGCUGAUGGUAAACAUCGGCUCGCUGUCGACAGGAGGUCGUGUUAGUGCAGUGAAAGCUGAUUUGGCCAAGAUUGUGCUCACUAACCCUGUGUGCACAGAGGUGGGGGAGAAGAUCGCCUUGAGUCGCAGAGUGGAGAAACAUUGGCGUUUGAUCGGAUGGGGGCAGAUCAGGAGAGGGGUAACCAUCACACCCACAGUUGACGACGAUUGAGGAGUGACCCUAUUCUUUCAGUGGCUCGCACUCUCUCUGCCGGACAUAAUUAUUAAACCAUUUUCACACUCUUGUGCACAGGUCAGCGCAAAGUGAAGGGAAAGGCUCUUUUUGAGUGGAACGCACUGGCCCUGUAUUUUAAAAUGUUCACCAUCCUCUGUGGAAGGAUUGGUGUCAUUUAUAUGAGAAUUGCAAUGAAAACAUUAUUCCUUGGCUUGACAAAGAAAUUGUCAAAAUCUUUCAGUGAUGACAAAUAAAGACCUUUUGGAUCAAA